CAAAACAAACUGAGUAGCGUAGGGAGCAUCCACGCCACAGAGCGCCCCUCUCUCUCUCUCUCUCUCUCUCUCUCUCUCUCUCUCGCGUUGCUUUGCUGUGAGUACAAACCCUAAUUUUGAGGCCCGACCUGAAAAAGCCUGCUCCUACGUUCAAAAUUCGCAUUCAAAGCACGCUCUCUCUCUCCCUCUCUCUGCAAAAGUUUGGAGCUCCAUUAAUGGCGUCGCUCCAAUUGAAGCUUCAGGCCUCAAACUUUGACCUAAACACCAAGCCUUUUCCAAGUUCUUUGAAUUAAAUUUCAUUUUCCGCACCGGAAAAAUUCCCCAAGAAUUUUCAAUUUUCUUCGCAUCCGAUUCUCCUAACAGUCCCUUUGAUUCUUCCACAGAUAUAUAAAAAAAACUCAUUUCUUCAUUUCUCUAUCGAGAAAAUUGAGUUUAUUUUGUAAGAUGUUAGAGCGUGACUCGGACGGUGAAGCCGUGAACUCGAGCCACAGCUCAAUGAGCAGCGAGAGCUGUAGCAGCUUCAGCCGCCUCUCCUUCGACGCUGCCGCCACCACCACCGCCGCCGACUUCGCAACCGAAACCUUGUGCCUCAAGCCCCACCGCUCCUCCGACUUCGGCUACUCAGCCAUUCGCUCCAAGAAAUCCGCUCUCACUUUCCGCGACUUCCGCCUCCUCCGCCGCAUCGGGGCCGGCGACAUCGGCACCGUCUACCUCUGCACCCUCAGAGGCACCGGUUCCAGUCCCGCCGAUCAGGAUCGCGAGUCUUCUUCGUCUUCCUCGUGCUUUUACGCCAUGAAAGUCGUCGACAAGGAGGCUCUGGCGCUGAAGAAGAAGGUCCACAGAGCCGAGAUGGAGAGAAAAAUCCUCAAGAUGCUCGACCACCCGUUCUUGCCUACGCUCUACGCCGAGUUCGAAGCCUCGCAUUUCUCUUGCAUCGUCAUGGAGUACUGUUCCGGCGGCGACUUGCACUCUCUCCGCCAUAAGCAGCCUAACAAGCGCUUCUCUCUCACCUCGGCCAGGUUUUAUGCUGCGGAGGUUCUAGUGGCCUUGGAAUACCUCCACAUGCUGGGAAUCAUCUACAGAGACCUAAAACCCGAGAACGUGCUGGUCAGAUCGGACGGUCACAUCAUGCUCUCCGACUUUGACCUCUCCCUCUGCUCAGACGCAAUCCCAGCCGUUGAAUCUCCCGACUCCUACUCUGACUCGGGGUCCCUAUCCACUCCAUCCUACACCCGCCCGCGGAAAACCACAACACUCACCCCAUUCUCCUGCCUCUCGACCCGGCUCUUCCGCUCGCGCAAAAUCCAGACCCUCUCCCCGAACCGGCUUUUCGUCGCCGAACCGGUCGCCGCCAGGUCACGUUCCUUCGUCGGUACCCACGAGUACGUGUCACCGGAAGUCGCCUCCGGCAGUUCCCACGGAAACGCCGUUGACUGGUGGGCUUUCGGGAUCUUCCUCUACGAGUUGAUCUACGGCCGCACGCCGUUCGCGGCUCCAUCGAACGAGAACACCCUGCGCAACAUCGUGAAAAAGCCCCUUGCGUUCCCGACCCCCACGCCCUCCAGCGCGCUCGAAGGCCACGCGCGUGACCUCAUUUCCGGGUUCCUCAACAAGGACCCGGAGCGCCGGCUCGGGUCGAAGCGCGGAGCCGCUGACGUCAAGAAGCAUCCGUUCUUUAAGGGCAUCAACUUGGCGUUGGUACGGUCCCUCACGCCGCCGAUGAUCCCGGGCCUAAUACGAAGGCAAAACACGACGCCGUCUUACCAGGCCAAGAAGACUGAUCAAAAUAGAAAUACGAGGCAAUCUACGGCGUUCGAGUACUUCUGAGCAGCAACGGCGAGAUGUUCGCCACGUGUUGAGACAGUCCUGCCAGAUUUUGUUACUGACGGGUGACAGUUGUGUAUAUUCGAGCUGUCUUUUGUUUUUAUUAUUUGCUUAUAAAUAGGUAAAUAUUUGAGAAUAUGAGAAAAAAGCUGUAUUGCUAAGGUGUCAUUAUGUACACGUAGGUUGCUAUAGUAGAUGUAGAAAGGCAAGUAGGAUCCUAAAUAUUACUAUAUUUUGAAAAGCCAAUAUCCAUGAUUGAUCCUGGGAAA